CAGUUUGAGGGCGGGUGCACUGACAGGGGCUCAGACGGACAAUCCCCAGUUUGUGUGCUUCCUCGAGGAGUCCUUCAUGGGACUCUUUAAGUGCUCUCUUGUUCACACACAUUGAGAUCCGUUUGCUCAGCGUGAUGGCAGAGCAGUACAAAUACCCAUCUCACCUGGGUACCACUACCACCUGUCCAGAAGCUCCUCAGUCUGUGAUAUAGUGUGCCCACUGAAAGGACAUCGCGGCCUUCUAGAUCUGGAACUGUUAGAACAACUGCCGCUGUAAUCCAAAGACUAGUAGCAAAGAUCGGACAACAGUCGGUAGACUCCGGAGGCCUGGAGACCCCACCUCGUACUAGAUGUCAUCUGCCCUGCAGAGGGAUAAACCUGUAGACAGGAACUGGAUGGCAUGCCUGGGGACAUCCUCCACCCUCCUGUUUUGCACUGGCUUUUUCUUGUUCCCAACUGAGAGUCCUCAGGGCCCCGCAGGUUCACCAGACCAAGAAGGCUUCUUUAACCUGCUGAGCCACGUGCAGGGCGAUCGGAUGGAGGAGCAGCGUUGUUCCUUGCAGGCUGGUCCAGGCCAGACCCCAGAAAGCCAGGGUGGCCCUGCUCCCGAGAUGGACAAUCUCAUGGAUAUGCUGGCCGACACCCAGGGCCGCCGCAUGGAUGACCAGCGUGUGACAGUCAAUUCCCUGCCUGGCUUCCAACCUAUUGGUCCCAAGGAUGGAAUGCAGAAACGACCCGGGACCCUCAGCCCUCAACCCCUGCUCACCCCUCAGGACCCUGCUGCACUCAGCUUCCGCAGGAACAGCAGCCCCCAACCCCAGACACAAGCUCCUUGAGAGUUCUAGCCAUCCUGGGCCCCUC